CAAAUUUCCAAAUUUCUGAAUCUCCGAAUUUCUUAACCUUUGCCACGUCCUCAUUCUGGCUGCGCAAUAGAACCCAGCACGACAAUGGAAGUUGCGCGUCCGAAUCUAGAAAGCCUCGUACUUGACAAUUCCAGACGAUCGAAAUCACUCUUCGCAGAUCCGUCUGGUGAGUCGGCGCGAAAGAAAGUCAGGUUAACCGUCGACGCGACUGAACCACAACGCGAGAAAGAUGCUCUUUCUAUUCGCUUCCACGCCGAAUACCAACAUGUCAAAGACCUACCGCCUGCUCUUGCCCAAAAACAAGCAAGCGCUAUGAGCGCCAGGAAGAAGGGGAAGAAGCCGGCUUCGAGUCAACCUCCUGCCGCAUCUGAGGAUCAGAAGACCAUGAAGCUGAUUGAAGGUAUCGCUGAAUCCUCGAGCAACUCGGACAAGCCUCGACCUAACUCCAAUGCCCUCGUCCAUCUACGCAAGCCUCCCGCGACCUCCUCGCAGUCAUCAAAUACCACAUCCGAAUCCUUAAACGUCGCCCGCGCUCAGGUCACUCAUCAAGUCAAGCCCGACUGGCAUCCGCCUUGGAAGCUUAUGAGAGUCAUCUCAGGCCACUUAGGCUGGGUUCGAAGUCUUGCUGUCGAACCACACAACCAAUGGUUCGCUAGCGGCGCCGGUGACCGAACAAUCAAAGUCUGGGACCUUGCGACGGGACGCCUUAGAAUCACCCUGACCGGUCACAUAGCCGCCGUGCGCGGUCUGGCAGUGUCCCCUCGCCACCCCUACCUCUUCUCCUGCGGCGAGGAUAAGAUGGUCAAGUGCUGGGACCUGGAAACGAACAAGGUCAUCAGGCAUUACCACGGACAUCUUAGUGGGGUAAGUAGUUUGUCGCUUCAUCCUACUCUAGACGUCCUCGUCACAGGCGGAAGAGAUGGUGCCUCUAGGGUCUGGGAUAUGCGCACUCGCAGUAAUAUCCAUGUCUUAUCUGGCCAUACCCGGUCUGUCACCAACGUUCAAUGUCAGGAGGCCGACCCACAAGUCAUCAGCGCAUCAGAAGACCAUACUGUCCGGUUAUGGGACCUCGCCGCCGGCAAGACGAUGGGUGUGCUUACUCACCACAAAGCCGGCGUUCGCGGUCUCGCCAUACACCCUACCGAGUUCACAUUCGCCACCGGAAGCAACAGUAGCAUCAAGCAGUGGAAGUGCCCAGAGGGCGCUUUCAUGGGCAACUUCGAAGGCCAUAAUGCGAUAAUUAAUUCUUUAUCUGUCAACGAGGACGUCUUAUUCUCCGGGGGACAAGAUGGGUCCAUGAGCUUUUGGGACUGGAAGUCGGGGCAUCGAUUUCAGGCUAUGGAUACCAUCGCCCAGCCCGGAUCGCUGAACUCUGAGUCUGCAAUUUAUAGUUCUACCUUCGACCGCACAGGCCUAAGACUCAUUGUCGGCGAAGGAGACAAGACAAUCAAGGUGUGGAAACAGGAUGAAAAGGCAACGCCCGAAACUCACCCCCUCGAGUGGAAGCCGACUUUAGGAAGAAGAAAGUAUUAGAAAGACGUUCCUAUUUUAAUGUACAUUGCAAGCACUUAAAAGUGGAGGAGCUUUGGUCUGAACAUCACUCGCUGCGGGCGAGGGUCAGUGAACGAGUGGACAAAUAGGAAAUAUUCACGUCAU